AUGGAUUCCUUCAUCAUAGCGGCACUGGCGGUGUGCUCUCUAACGGCACCAGCCUAUGGGGACAAAGGGACCAGCAAAGCCCGGAGUUGUUCGGAUAUCAGGCAGUUUUAUAGCGGGAAAGGAUUCACUCUGGAUGGGGUCCCUCAGUCUGAAAUAUCAGGCGAGCACCUGCGCAUCUGUCCCCAGGGUUACACCUGCUGCACCAGUGACAUGGAGGACACCUUGGCCAUGCUGAGCCGCAGGGAGAUGGAGGGACUUCUUAAAGAUGCUGGCCGGUCCUUACAGACAUCCCUCAAUGGACAGUACAAGGCCUUCGAUGGUUACUUCCUGGAGUUGCUGAACCGCUCUGCGAUUAGUCUACAGGAGAAUUUCCAUCAAACCUUUGGCUUAUUAUACUACGAGAAUGCCCAGAUCUUCUCUGAACUGUACACGGAUUUGAGAAACUACUACCGAGGCUCCAACGUCAACCUUGAAGAGGUGCUCAAUGAAUUCUGGGCCCGGCUGCUGGAGAAGCUCUUCAACCAGGCGAACAAGCAAUAUUCCAUAAGUGAGGACUACCUGGAGUGUGUGUCCAAGCAGAUAGAGACAUUACGGCCCUUCGGAGAAACCCCCCGCAUGAUGAAGACGAUGGUCACACGCACAUUUGUGGCAACACGGUCCUUUGUUCAGGGGCUGGUGGUCAGCGGGGAGGUUGUGCGCAAAGUGUCCCAGGUGCAGCUGAGCCAGGAGUGCAUGCGGGCCAUGAUGACGAUGACGUACUGUCCCCACUGCCGCGGCAUGGCCUCCGCCAGACCUUGUGCCAACUACUGCAGCAAUGUCAUGAAGGGCUGUCUGGCCAACCAGGCGGACCUCAACACAGAGUGGAGGCAUCUGGCAGAAACAAUGAUGCAGGUGGCUGGUCGCUUUGAUGGUACAUCUGGUGUGGAUAGCGUGGUCCUCUCCAUCCCCACUCGCAUAUCAGAAGCCAUGUUUACCAUGAUGGAUAACAUAGAGCCCAUCAACACCAAGUUGUUCCAGGCCUGUGGCAACCUCAGAGAAGGAGGAACCAGCAGCACAGGAGCUGACGACAUCGUGAAGAAUGGGAAGGUUACAGUGGAGGAUAGGUUGGGAACCAGCACUAACAAAAUGGAAAAACUGGUGUCUGAUGUAACCAUGAGACUGAGGGAAAUGCAGCCGUACUGGGUUUCUCUCCCAAGUGUUCUCUGCAGUGACAGAGUGGCCACAGGAACAGGGGCCGAGGAUAAAUGUUGGAACGGCAUGAGCCGUGCCAGGUACUUUCCCGAAGUGAUGGGCGAUGGCUUGGCCAGCCAGAUCAACAACCCUGAAGUGGAAAUCGACAUCACGAAACCAGACAUGACAAUACGGCAACAGAUAAUGCAGCUGAAGAUCAUGACGCACCGCCUGAAGAAUGCUCUGAACGGCCAGGAUGUGGACUUUCAGGACACCAGUGAUGACGUCAGCGGAUCAGGAAGUGGCGUGUGCGCUGAUGACGGGUGCUCCCGUAACCCGCGCCUUAUUUUCCCUGUUACCCAGCGGCCCGUGAACUACCCCUACCUUCCAGAAAACGAGAAGGUGAAAGCCUCCGCCAACCAGAACCUCCCCGGGAUCCCCAUCUACCUUCUUUCACUGCUCAUGUUGCUGCUCCGGCGAUAAUUGACGGGGGAAUCUACAAACUGGGACUGAGUUUGGGACAUGGAGGUUGGGGAGAGUCGGAAAGGGGAGGGAGGAGAUGUUGGGGGUUAGUUACUUUGCCAAAACUAAAAAAGGUAUAAAUAUUAAACACAAAAAAUCACUUGGACGAACUUCCUUUUGGUUUUAAAUUAGAACAAAAUGGAAUUACGAGUAUUCAUGAAUGGUUUUGGUUCUGCUCUCUUCUUUAAUUUCUUGCUAUAUUACCACACCACUAGAGCUGGUCUUUUCGCAUCUUCUUCUGUUUUGUUUCUGGUGUUGGGUUUCUCUGAAAUUAUAUCUGUAGACAUGUGUGUAAGACUAUGUUGCUAACAGUAUGUUGGUGUUGACACCACAGGGAGAGGGAGAAUGGGGCUUUACAGUGGCGCUCAGAUACAUAUAAAUGUUAUUCCACUCCUUCAAAACAGCACUUGUGUUCAUUAGAAUUAUUUAUUUAUUAAUAACUCACACAUGACCCCAAAAUGGAUUUAUCACUCCCAAAUGUUUAUCGCAAAUGAACACAAACAUAAUUGGUUGACAAUAUUGAUGGUUUUUAGUGGGAGAUAAUCUGGACAGCACGACCCAGCAGACCUCGUAAUACAUUAAGCCUCACAUCAUUAUUACACUUACACACACACACUGGCAGAACGAGGACGUGAGCACUCCUCGUCAGCACUUUUUGCCAUUUCAUCAUGUAAGCUGUAAUAAUAGCUGUGAUCACAUUCACAACGACAUGAUCGUCUAAUGUGGGAGUAACGUGACCCAUGCACCAUCCAUCCAUCCAUCCACUCAACCCCUACAUUCCCCCUGCUGGGGCAGAUCUCCCUCUCUCUCCAGACCCUGCUGGCUGUGUAGGAUCAACUGGAGAGUCUCGUGUAAGCAAAACACAAUCUGUGCUGGGCCAGGUCUCAGAUGACAGCAGCUUCCCACUAUAGAGCACUGUACUGUAUGUGGAAUGGGGGAGUCGGUUUAAGAUUGCCAUCACAGCAAAUGAUUGACAGUUCAUGAUUUGGGAAACGUGAAGCAGAGCAGAAAUGUACAGAAGCAGAAACACUGCUGUCAUGUAGACUUUUUUUUUUGUACUAUUCUUUUGUUGUGCACUGCAGAGCAAAAAUAUAAUAUGCAUAAUUGUGUGUGCUCUCUGCCAAGGCCCAGUGCUCCUUUGAUUAGCAUCAUAAUCGCAAUGUCUUGCUUUUUUUGUCUAAUUUCAGCAAGAAUCCAUAAUCACAGUCUUUUAAAUCCUUCAACUAUUUGUAUGGCAGACACAACAGUGUACAUAUUUUUGAUUUAUUUUUUGUUUUUUCUAGAAAUAAAUAGCCAAUUAGGUAUCAAGAUUUUAUAACAGCCAGAUCAUUGUAUGCUACGAUUCGUAUUUCAUUCGUCAUCUGUCAAAGCUUAUACAUAUCUGCCUUCCAUUUCCUUGCAAUGUUUUUCUAUAUCAGUGCCUCUUUAUUCCCACCCCCUUCUCCCUCUACCCUUCUCCCUGCUCAUCGGUUAUAAUGACCUUUAAAGCGUUCCUCAUGCUUCUACAUGGUGGCAAGGCAAUAAGACAAUGACACAGUGCUUCAUUACGUGUCACACUUACUAGGAAUGUUGUGGGAACACACAGUGUGCAACUUUUCCUGAUGAGAAGCUUGCUGGGGAGGAAAAACAUACCACAUUUUAAUUCAAAGAAAUGUCAAAGCUCUCAUUUAAGAACGCUGUGUGCAGGAUGAUGGGAUGAUAGUUGCAUGUGUGUAUGUGUGUGGAUGUGUGCACUUCUUUUUCAUUGAUAAAGCAAAAGAGGGACAGACGAUAGAGCCUUUAUAAAUCUUGUUUGGAUGGCACAGAAAUCAAAUGUAUUGACAUUUAUUGGAUUCACGUCACUGAAUAGUGCAUUUAAACUGACAGAUACGGGAUAUUGAAAUAGCUAAUUUCUUAAAUAAUGGGAUGUUCAAACAAUCUGGAUUAAUGAUAUCUUUGCUUGUCAGAUAUCACGCUUGUCAGUGUGAAAGAUACAGUUAUCUUGUAGGAAAGAAACUUAUAUUUUAAAUUACAUCAUGGCUUCAUUUGUACACUGGAACAAUCCACCAUGAUAUUUCAUGAAUAAAAAAGAUAACAAAUUGGUUAAUACUGCAGAUUUAAUUAAGUUGUUGGGAGAUCAGUCAAGAUUUAAGAAGCACAUCUGUUAGAUACUUGGUUUAUUACUGCUCUGGAAUUGGGUGAGGCUGUUGUCAUAACUGUUGUCUGAUAUGUCACUUUGAUCAUAUUUACAUUUUAGAUAUGCUUAGUUAAUGAAUGCAAUGUUUGCUGUGUGUAUGCCUGUGUGUCCUUCCUGUGUGUCCCUGGUUAAAUAAAUCUGCCUGUGACUGCCAUUGACACUUUGUCUAGUGUUGGGGUCCCUAUUUUGACUCAAAAAGAGAGGUACAAUAGUAUUGGAUGAUCCAGUGGGGGAAAAAUAUACAUUUUGAACAAAGAACAAUUAGUAAUAUCACCACAUGGUACUUCUUGUUGUGACCCUUGAGAAAAAUGAAGUCCACAUGAAACCCUGUAAAGAAUGAGAAAUGACUCCAACUGUGAUGGUGACAUUCCAAUUCAAAGACGACUUGCGACUCACAACUUCAGUUUCAAUGACUGCCUCACAAUGUCAUCGGCUGAAAUUUGCACAACCCCUCCCUCUCUCCUCUUCGACCUUUUGAUCUCAUUAAUUUGUUGCUCAAAGUCCCCCUCCCUUUUAUAAAACCUGCACUUUUAUGAGGCCAAUAAAUGGCAUUGUCUGCACAAAGACAUCACAAGAUGGUCGAUCAAUACGCAAGUCAACACCUUCCAGAAACGACUAUUGAUUGAGGAUGUGUGUAUGCAGAUAGACAUGGCCCAGCAAGACAUCUCCUGUUCAACUAUAAUGAACCAGUGUAAAACCAAAGCCCCUGUGUGUGAGAGGAAGCAGGAGAAAGGUCCUUAGUGCUGAUCUCAAAUCAGCUUGUGCACCUUAAUCCUGCCCUCAUUCAUUAAGUGGGAAAAAUGCAAAGCUGGAUAUGCCACCAUUUAAAGACAGCUUUAUUUUACACUGAGUUGAAUACGAGAGGGAUUUCUUAAAGGUGCCAAUUUAUGAUGAAAAAAAGUACUUUUAAUUCUUGUUUAUAUGUACUUUGGUUUUGUUGUUAUCAGAAAUCUAUGGAGAAUGUGUGCUUAUGGUGAAGAUAGAUGCCAGAAAGAGGUUAAAAAAUACAAAUGUCUCAUUUGCUGUUGUAUCUGAAAUCUUGUGUCAAUUAUAUACAUUGUAAGAUUUUCAACA